AUGAAGAACAAAGUCAUCCCAAAUCCUAUACUUCCAGCGGCGGGAGUCCGUAGGAACAUCGCAGCGGAUAGGGGUUCUGGUCCUCCUUCCGGAGGACAACAUGACGAUAAUACCCUAAACCCGCAAGGGAGGGUCCUGUCCGAUCACAGCACCCCGUCCGAUGCACUCAUGCGUUGUCGGAGACCAUUUGUAAUGGGAACCUUCAAUGCAUGUACAGUGAGAGAAGAAGCUAGAUUGGUAGAACUAGCACACUGUGCUGAGGAACGGGGAGUGGAGAUCCUGGGAGUCCAGGAACACAGAAGAGUGCACCCUGAUGACCGGAUCGUGUAUCGCAGAGUGGAGAGAUGCACGUUCAUCACUGCAUCUGCGUGGCGAAACGAGGACCAGGCUGCAACAGGGGGUGUAGGGCUAAUGCUGGGCCCUCGGGCGCGUAAGGCUCUCCGUCAGGUUUAUCAUCACACCGAUAGGAUCCUUAUUGCAGAGUUCUCAGGCAACCCAGUAACAACAGUCAUAGUCGUGUACUCACCCACCAACGUGGCACCAGCUGAGGAGGUGGAGAAGUUCUAUGAGGACCUUGCAACAGCAGUCCGAGAUGUCCCAGCGCACAACUUCCUGGCAAUCCUGGGUGACUUCAACGCAAGGCUUGGACCAGAGGACGCACCCUACCCAUACCACGACUCUACCAACCGCAAUGGCACAUACCUCAUGGCCCUUCUCAUGGAACACGAGCUACUGGCAGUGAACACCAUGUUCCGGAAAAGAACAGGCAAGAGAUGGACCUUCCAAGAUCGAGCCACAGGUAUGCUACGUCAGUUGAACUACAUACUUGUGAGGCAAAAGUGGAGGAACUCCAUCUUGAAUGCUGAACCGUACAGCACGAUCAGCUCUGUGGGCUCUGAUCACCGCGUGGUCUCCAUGAGGGUGUGA